UGACAUUGGUACGCCAGAUCAUAAACAAGUUAGUAAAAAGUGUAGUUUGUUUAUUGAAAUGCAGCGAAACUAAAAACAUUUUAAAAUUUUGCUAAAAUGGAUAGCGAACCGAAGACCGAACCAAAGGAUGUGCCUGCACGCCCAUUUAAAUUGGCGCAUCAAAUUGUGAGUUUGACCGGCAUUAGUUUCGAACGAAAAAGUAUAAUAGGUGCGGUGGAGUUAACCAUAGUGCCAACUAAAGAAAAUUUACGCCUCAUAAGAUUGAAUGCAAAACAGUGUCGUAUUUAUCGCAUUUUGUUAAAUGAUGUUUGUGAAGCUGAGUUUUUUUAUUUCGAUCCCUUCCUAGAUAUCUGCCAAGGAGAUAUGAAAGUGAGAUCUUUAGACGUGUACUCCAAAAACCAUCUUACUGCCGCUCAGAAAACCGAUCCUGAUGUCAAUUGUGGUGAAUUAUUGAUACAGAUACCACCAGAAGGGUAUCACAUGAUCCAAGAAGGCCGCGGUUUACGUAUCGGCAUAGAAUUCUCUAUGGAAGAUCCACAAGGGGGUAUACACUUUGUUAUACCACCAACUAGUGAGGAUGAACAGCAACCUAACAGUGCACAUAUGUUCACAUACGCAUACGAAAAUUCAACUCGCUUAUGGUUUCCUUGUGUUGAUAGUUUUGCAGAUCCGUGUACAUGGAAGCUCGAGUUCACCGUGGAUAAACAUUUGACGGCUGUGUCAUGUGGCGAACUUGUGGAAGUGGUUAUGACACCCGAUUUGAGGCGAAAAACAUUUCAUUAUUCGCUCACAACGCCCGUAUGUGCGCCUAAUAUCGCAUUGGCUGUAGGCCCUUUUGAGAUCUACGUAGAUCCUCAUAUGCAUGAGGUUACUCACUUUUGCUUGCCACAGCUUUUACCACUUUUGAAAAAUACCGUACGAUACCUGCAUGAAGCUUUUGAAUUUUUCGAAGAAACUCUUUCCACACGUUACCCCUUCUCCUGCUACAAACAGGUUUUUGUAGAUGAACUUGAUACCGACAUCAGUGCUUAUGCUACCUUAAGCAUAGCUUCUGUGCAUCUUAUGCAUUCCAUUGCUAUUAUCGAUCAGACUUAUGUAACACGAACAUUAAUGUCACGCGCCAUUGCCGAACAGUUCUUCGGAUGUUUCAUCACAUCACAUCAUUGGUCCGACACUUGGUUGGCAAAAGGUAUUGCCGAGUAUUUGUGUGGCCUAUAUUCCCGAAAGUGUUUCGGUAAUAAUGAAUAUCGCGAAUGGAUUCAAUCCGAGUUGGCGCGAGUGGUGCACUAUGAGGAGCGGUAUGGCGGGAUUAUACUCGAUUGCAGUCAGCCACCGGCGCCACUUCCUGUAUCUAGUACGAAUCCCUCGAGCGCUACCAGCAAGCAAACAGAAAUUGUGCAUUACUUUCCUAUAAAAAGUUUACAUACAGUUUCGCCAAAAUAUGUGGAAGCAAUGAGGCGCAAGGCGCAUUUGGUUAUACGUAUGUUGGAGCACCGCAUCGGUCAAGAGCUGCUAAUACAAGUUUUCAAUAAACAAUUGGUGCUGGCAACCAAUGCAGCGGUGACUAAAAUCGGCUCCGGCUUAUGGCAUCACUUGCUUAUUUCCACGAAUAUAUUCAUCAAGGCGAUAUUCACUGUAACUGGUAAAGAUAUGUCAGUCUUCAUGGACCAAUGGGUCCGCACUGGAGGUCACGCGAAGUUCUCCUUUACAUCGGUGUUCAAUCGGAAGCGUAAUACUAUUGAAUUGGAGAUUCGGCAAGAUUUCGUGAGUCAACGUGGCGUUCGCAAAUACAACGGCCCAUUGCUAGUGCAGCUACAGGAAUUGGACGGCACAUUCAAGCACAUGUUACAGAUUGAGAAUACAGUAGUGAAGGCAGAUAUCACUUGUCACUCGAAAAGUCGACGAAAUAAAAAGAAGAAAAUUCCACUCUGUACGGGCGAAGAAGUAGAUAUGGAUCUCUCGGCAAUGGAUGAUUCGCCUGUUCUUUGGAUUCGUUUAGAUCCGGAAAUGAUAUUAAUUAGAGAUUUGAAUAUUGAACAACCUGACUUUCAGUGGCAAUACCAGCUUCGUCAUGAACGCGAUGUAACAGCACAGUUUGAGGCCAUUAAAGCCCUGGAAAAAUAUCCCACCAAUGCUACGCGCUCUGCACUGACAGAUACAAUUGAAAAUGAACGCUGCUUUUAUAAAGUCCGUUGUGAAGCAGCACAUUGUCUUACCAAAGUGGCUAAUCAAAUGGUGACGCAAUGGAGUGGACCUCCUGCCAUGUUAAAUAUAUUCCGAAAAUUUUUUGGCUCGUUUAGUGCUCCUCAUAUUAUCAAACAAAAUAACUUUUCCAACUUUCAGUUAUAUUUUUUGCAAAAGGUCAUUCCUGUGGCAAUGGCAGGCUUACGCACUUCUCACGGUAUUUGUCCACCUGAAGUUAUUCGUUUCCUCCUUGAUCUAUUCAAAUAUAAUGAUAACACGCGGAACCAUUAUUCGGAUGUUUAUUAUCGCGCGGCUUUAGUUGACGCCUUGGGAAAUUCAAUUACGCCAGUUGUUUCAGUAGCACUCCGUGGAACGCCCAUUACUUCUGACAGUCUCUCUGCCGAUGCGAAGCUAGUACUUGAGGAAGUGACCCGUCUACUUAACUUAGAGAAGAACUUACCGUCGUAUAAGUAUAUGGUUUCGGUUUCAUGUCUUAAGGUCAUUCGUAAAUUACAAAAAUGUGGUCAUUUGCCUUCGCUGCCGAAAAUCUACCGUUGCUAUGCAGCUUAUGGUCAGUAUUUGGAUUUACGUGUAGCCGCCAUGGAGUGUUUGGUAGAUUUUGUUAAAGUGGAUGGACGCUGGGAUGAUUUGGAUCAUUUGAUUACGUUGCUCGAAACAGAUCCCGACCCUGCAGCACGUCAUGCACUUGCUCAAUUGUUGAUCGACAAUCCACCAUUUAGCCGCGAGUCACGGAGCAGCCGAUUGGAUCGAUCAGAGUUGGUAGAGCGAUUAUGGGCAAAUAUGAACAACAAAUUGGCAUUCGACACUAAGUUACGUUGUGACAUGGUGGAUUUAUAUUAUGCAUUAUAUGGCACGAGGCGACCUAUUUGCUUGCAAUCUGCUGAUGUCAGCAACAUGUACAAGGAUAUAAUUAAGGAAGGCACAAAGAAAACGACGGUUCCCAACAGUGGUACAAUUUCUAAUAAUGAACCCAAGAUCGCUCCAAUAAUAAGCGAAGUGAAAAACGAGGUCCUCGACAUAGUCGAAGAGCAUACUUCUAUUACUUCAGUAAAGCGCACCGCUACCGAGGCAUUUGAGGUGGGCAACGAAGUCAUAAAAUUGGAAACAACUGAGGAGGUGACACUUGUUGAAGACAAUGAUAUGAAGGUGCAGUCUUUCGAAAAUGAGGUAAAAGUUGUAGUUAACCAAGAAGAUGAUGGAAACGUACAUUCUCCCGAGCCAAAACGUAUGAAAAGUGAAAUCUUCGAGGAAGACGACAAUUCUGUAACCAUCAUUGAUGUGGGCGAAACUACAAUAACGAAAGCAGAUAGCAGCUUUGAGGCCAAUAAAACAGACGCCGAAAGUAGACAUAAGACAGAGAACUCAUCAAAGCAGAAAAAGAAGAAGAAGGAUAAGAAGAAACACAAACAUAAGCACAAGCACAAGCACAACAAAGAAAAAGAGCGUGACAAAGAGCGUGAGCGAAAGGAUAAAAAGGAUCCCAACAUAUCUCGCAUACAGGCAAAAGAAGCCACGCCGGAAACGCUCAGCUCAGCGGACAGCAGCAAUUCAAAUAGUAAUCCGCCAACACUAAAUUUCACAUAAAUAAGCUAUAAUGAUACGGUUUUAUAUUUUACAUUCUACUUUUGUAUCAGUAAUUUACAAAAAUUACACAUAAAAGUAUAUAUGUUUAGAAUUUAAAGUUUCUAGCAGCAUUUUUAAUAUAAUCCGUUACAUAUGUGUGAAUAUAUAACGGUUAUUGAAAUAUGUGUGAAUUACAAUUUCAUAAAAUGCAUUGCAAAUGGUAUUUAGUAUAUACAAUAAAUGAUUUUUUUUAUUAA